ACGUUUUUUUAAGAUGUUCGUCACAUUCGAGAUGGAGGUAAAUUGGAAACAGCCAUUGAUGUUCCUACUAUUUUUACUUGGAGAAGGUGCAUGUUUGUCAUCAAAACUUGACUCCCUACAGAAAGAGUACGGGGAAUGGAGACUUCAGCGUUCCCCCGAAUAUUCAACUUCUCUUGGCAUAUACAAAUACAGUGACAAAGUGGAAAAGUUUGCAUACUCAGGAUUUAAUGAAGAAUAUACCAAAUGCCUAAAUCUUCUAAAUGAUUUGAAAAUGAUCGACUACAACCAACUUACACCGAAAGAGAAGACAGAUUAUGAUAUUUUUAAGGACACAUUGACGACUAUCGUUCGAGGGCACGAUUGGCGAGACUACAAUGCCCUGAACCCAAUCAAUUUUCUUGAGGGACCACAAAUUGACCCAUCAGAACUUCAAAAAACAACACCAUUUGACACAAUUGGGGACUAUGAAAACUACUUAAAACGGCUGGAAUUAUUUCCAAACCAGAUAGACGAAAUGAUAGAAAGAUUCAACAAGUCCAUAGAAAAAAGACACACAUAUCAUAACGUAUCGGUGAACAGGGUUCCAAAGCAGAUAGAUGACAUCCUUAAAGAUGUAAAUAAUACAAUGUACAAGCCAUUUCAUAAACAACUGACAGAUAAGAAAACAAUCUCGGAUACAAGAAAAACAGAUAUCAGAUCCAGGGCCAAAGAGGCUGUUAAUAACAUCGUCCAGAAGUACAGGAACCUCAAAUCGUAUCUAGAGGAUGUGUACUUUAAUCAUCUAAGACCAGGAUUUGGAGUAAGUACUUGGGAUAAAGGAGGACAAUUCUACAAAGAAUGUUUACGUUGGCACCUUUCUUUGGAUUUGUCUCCGGAAUAUGUGCACAAUAAAGGAUUACAAGAAGUUGAGAGAAUUUCGACAGAAAUGAAAAAGGUCAUGAUGAAACUUAAUCAUCAUGGUUCUGUCAAGCAGUUUUUUGAUGACGUUAAGGCAAAUUCGUCUUUUUUCCUGAAGUCUGGCGAUGAAAUAAUUCAAUGGUAUAAAAAUGCAAUUGAAAAGGAAAUAAAACCAAAAAUACCAACUCUUUUUAAAAACCUUCCAAAUUUGCCGGUAGAUGUUCAACCGAACCCAAUAGAUGGGAUUGGAGGUCAGUAUUUAUCUGGACCCCCAGACGGUUCACGCCCCGGAGUCUUCCAAGUCAAUGUUUUUCAUCCGAAUAAAUCAGUAACUAUAGACUUCAUGGCUCUAUUGCUUCAUGAAACAAUACCAGGUCAUCAUUUGCAGGGCAGUAUCCAGUCCACUCAGGCUGGUCCAGCAUACCGUAGACAGAAUCAUGAUGACAAAUAUUUCCAACCCCCGGCACUUCCUCCUUUUUAUACUGCUUAUUUAGAGGGAUGGGCAUUGUAUGCUGAAUCUUUGGGAGAAGAAAUGCACUUGUACAAGACUGACUACGAUCUAAUGGGACGAUACGGAUCGGAAAUUUUUAGAGCAUGUCGUCUUGUUGUCGAUACAGGAUUGCAUUACUUUAAUUGGACAAGAGAAGAAGCCAUACAAUAUAUGCUGAAUUACACAGCAUACAGUGAAGGUUCUAUUACGACUGAAAUCGACAGAUAUAUUACGUGGCCAGGUCAAGCAUGCGCAUACAAGAUAGGUGAACUCAAGAUAAAAGAAUUGCGCAAAAAAUCACAAAACGAACUAGGUUCAAAAUUUGACAUCAAGGACUUCCAUUACGUUGUUUUGAAAGAUGGAGCUCUUCCCCUUAAUGUAUUGGAAAAGAAUGUUAAUCAAUGGAUUACAGAAACAAAAAACAAACCUGCAGAAAAACAAAACCAGUGCACUUCCGGUGGUUUUAGAAAGGAAAUCAGUUUUAAAUUUUUGCUAGUUAUUUUCAUUAGUAUUUCUUUUCUUUUGAAUUAAUCAUCUGUCCUGCCUGAACGUUCGGAUCUUGAUUUGUGUUAUUAAGUAUGGGUUUAAUGUAUUUUAUUUUACCAGUGUAAGUAAAAUUUUAAUUGAUCAAUGUAUAUUACU